GGACUGGACAAGUAGCAACAUUCUAAUUCUGAGGUACACACAAAGAAACUUAAAUGUAAAUAUUCCUUGUUUCAAGGUUUCAGAAUUUGCACAUAUACAAAAUCUCGAAAUAAUUAAGGCACAUUAAAAACCGCCGGUUCACCCGGUUAUAGAGUAAUCUGACCGUCCACUUUAUCCGGUUUACUUUUAAACCGAUUUUGUGGUCUUAGCUCAUAAAUGUCAAGAGUCCUUUCUUUUCUUCCCCAUUGUUGAAAAUCAGGUUUACAGAUUCAGUGAGAGAUCAGAUCGCUAAAGAAGAAAAUGGAUUGGCAAGGACAGAAACUGGUGGAGCAGCUGAUGCAGAUCUUACUGGUGAUCUCCGGCGUUGUAGCGGUGGUUGUUGGCUACACAACGGAAUCGUUCAGGACGAUGAUGCUGAUCUAUGCCGGUGGUGUUGUUCUCACGACUUUGGUUACUGUACCUAAUUGGCCUUUCUACAAUCUUCAUCCUCUCAAAUGGUUAGAUCCGAGCGAAGCCGAGAAGCAUCCCAAACCAGAAGUUGUCAGUGUUGCUUCGAAGAAGAAAUUCUCUAAGAAAUAGGUCUGAUUCUGAAUCUCUCUCUCUCUCUCUCUCUCUCUCUCUCUCAGAAUUGUUUGUAUGAGAUAUUUGUGGAUCGGAAUCUUAAUUAUGAAUUGAAUAUUCUGGGUUGAUUCUUAUAAUUAUCUGUUUUUGCCAAAGGAAUUUGCUUUUGAAUCAAUGGCUAUGGCUGUAAUCUGGCAAUUUCACUGAAUUGUGUAGAUUAUCUAUCAUCAGAGAGUUUUAGAUGAAAAAGUCUUAUGAAUCACAAAAGUCUCAGUUUUUAUGAAAAUGGUACAUAAAUAUCACACCAUCCAUUUACACUCUGUGUUAAGCUUGUG